CACCAACCAACGGCGAGCUCAACGCUUUAAUUUGCCUCUUUAUACAGCCGGUCUCUCGCCAGCGCCCAUAACAAGAACGUCCAAGCGGUAGACAUAUUGGAAAGAUGGUCUCGCAAGCUGACUUGGAGGUUGCCAUCCGCGACAAGGUGCAGAACGUGUCUGCUUUGGUGGUGUCGGACGUUUCAGGUGGUUGCGGCCAGGCAUACGACGUUAUCAUCGUCUCGGACGUCUUCGAGGGGCUUCCGACUCUCAAAAGGCACCGAAUGGUGAACGAUCUGCUCAAGGAACAGAUCGCACAGCUCCAUGCCUUUUCCCAAAAGACCUACACGACAAAGCAAUAUGCCGAGCUCUCUGGUUCAUCCUCUUCUUCAUCCGCCGUUCCAACCGAAAAAGCACGCCCUGCCAUGCUAGACACGUCAGUCGCCCAGCGAGGCGCCCGCGUGCACCACCGAACCACCUCGUCCAAUGUCUCCGUUCCCGAGCUGACUCUUACGACUGAUGGGCCUGAUGAGUCGUCGUUCUCUGGCGCAUCGGCCAGUUCCUCUUCGCGGCCCAUUACCCCUUCAGACAGUCAAACGACGACGCUACCCGACAUGGGAUCCGGCAACACCUCGAUUUCGCCCGGUGCAGGCAGCAGCAUCAGCCGGUUGCACUACAACCGCGUCACCAGCGUCGAAUUUUGGAGCGGACUGCGAGAUUAUCUCGAGAAGAGCUUCAUCGGACAGCAGGACGGAAGCGCCAGUCCAAGCCCCAGCCCGGGUCACGUCAAGGGCGAAGCCGAAUUGAUCAAAGUCUUUGAGGACUUCUUGCAGUCUCAGAAGGUUCACCUCAGCGCGAGCGAUGUGGCAAAAGUCCGCGAUGGCACCGGCAUGUUUGGCAUGUGAGGGGGAGCCCCCCGUCGCAAAUAGACACACGGCUUUAUGCUUCAUCAUUUUGCCUCCUCCGUCCGUCAACAAGCCCAGAGCAGAGGUCCUCAGUCUCAUACCUUGUAUAUUUCAGCCCUUGAUCUCACGGCCAAGGAUCUUUUAUCGUUCGACAAGCACUCGCAAAGGUCAGGUCCGCGACGCGAAAAGGUAGAAUAGGGGGAGCCUUUCGCAUUGAUGAGAGAAGAGGUAUUGUAAAGUGACAAGG